CUCACGCGGACAAAGCGACCGACCUCGAACCUAAUUGCACAUCUCCUCACAUCUCGUCGAAGCAACGACAAUAUGCCUGUUCCCCGGGAAGAAUAUCUAUCAGAUGUUUGGCGGGAUGGCAUCUUUAACAACAAAGUACUCUUCUGCACCGGCGGCGCAGGCACAAUCUGCUCGAUACAAGUCCGCGCCUUCGUAGCGCUCGGCGGCAACGCGUACAUCAUCGGACGAAACGUGGAGAAGACGGAGAGCAUGGCCAAAGAUCUCAUGACUGCGCGACGGGGCUCCAGAGUCAUCGGCCAAGGCAAUGUAGAUGUGCGGAAUGCUGUCGCGCUGAAGGAAGCUGCAGACCGCUGCGCGAAAGAGCUAGGAGGGAUAGACUAUGCGAUUGCAGGAGCCGCAGGAAACUUUCUGGCGCCCAUGAGCCAAUUGAGCCCGAAUGCGUUCCGCACAGUCAUUGAGAUCGAUACUCUGGGAUCUUAUCACACGGCGAAGGCUGUGUUGCCGUAUCUGAUCGAGUCGGCCAAGAAGUACCCCAAUACCGGAAAGAGCACGAACGGGCGUGGCACUGGCGGCCGUUUGGUCUUCAUAUCAGCCACUUUCCACUUCAAAGGAUUCCCUUUGCAAGCACACGCUAUGGCUGCAAAAGCUGCGGUAGACCAAAUCAGCAAUAGUGUGGCCAUCGAAUACGGACCUUACGGCAUUACGAGCAAUGUCAUCACACCUGGACCAAUUGCUAACACUGAAGGCAUGACACGACUAUCAAGACUCGACGAGGCAUCAGCCAAGGCAUCCGCAAAGGCCAUUCCAGUGGGAAGAUGGGGAGAAGUCAAGGAGAUUGCUGAUGCUACGGUCUACCUGUUCUCCGAGGCUGGAAGCUAUGUGAACGGAAAUAUUUUGGUUGUGGACGGUGGGCAGUGGAGAACUUCGGGAGUAGGAGAAGGCAAGUCAUGGCAGUAUCCAGACUUUCUGCUUUCUGGAAACAAUGUGGAAGGCGUAAAGAGUGGAAGGAGAGCAAAGCUGUAGAUGCCAAAUUGAUCUCUCGGCCUUGAGGAUGAGGGAUGCAAUAUACCAUGUGCACGAACAAGGCACUCAGACUUGCCGGAAGAUGUUCAGCAAGCUUCCGCGCGAUCCAGUCCGGAGCAUUGAGCUCAAAGUCUCAUCCAUGCUGUUGUUUACCAUCCCAGAAUCUUCAUUGUAUUUGAGUGAUUUCCAAAGCGUAAAAAAAAACCGCUUGUUG